GGCUGCGUCUCGGGGCGGGGAAACUGCGUAAUGGCGGACUCAGGCCGGUGGAGUGCGGCUGGGGGCGUAGCGCGCUGAGGGGGGCGUCCGGCUGUGGAGCAGCCAGCGAAGCCGUGGGCUGGAGCGUUCUCCGUGGGGACACGGGCCGGCUGCCCAGCCCUUCAUGUCGCUGAGGGCGACUGCGCGAGGUCAGGUUGUUUUUCAUCAUUGAGAACCUUGCCUGAAGCAGGUCCACUAUGCCGUUAGUAACCAGGAGCAUCGAGCCAAGGCACCUGUGCCGUCAGACGUUGCCUAGCGAUACAAGUGAGCUGGAAUGCAGGACCAACAUCACCCUGGCAAAUGUCAUCCGACAGCUGGGCAGUCUGAGUAAGUAUGCAGAGGACAUUUUUGGAGAGAUUUGUACUCAGGCAAGUGCCUUUGCCUCCCGAGUAAAUUCCCUUGCCGAGCGGGUUGACCGAGUACAAGUUAAAGUUACUCAGCUGGAUCCCAAGGAAGAAGAAGUGUCACUACAAGGAAUCAACACUCGAAAGGCCUUCAGGAGCUCUACCACCCAAGACCAGAAGCUCUUCGACAGAGGCUCUCUCCCAGUGCCUGUCUUAGAGACCUAUAACAGCUGUGACGCUCCUCCCCCUCUUAACAACUUAAGUCCUUACAGGGAUGAUGGAAAAGAGGCACUCAAAUUCUACACCAACCCUUCAUACUUCUUUGAUCUUUGGAAGGAGAAGAUGCUGCAGGACACCAAGGAUAUCAUGAAAGAGAAGAGAAAGCAUAGGAAAGAAAAGAAAGAUAAUCCGAAUAGAGGGAAUGUGAACCCACGUAAAAUCAAGACUCGAAAGGAAGAGUGGGAGAAGAUGAAAAUGGGACAAGAAUUUGUAGAGUCCAAGGAGAAGCUGGGGCCUUCUGGGUAUCCAUCCACCUUGGCGUACCAGAAUGGCAGCAUUGGCUCUGUUGAAAAUGUGGACGCAGCCAGCUACCCACCACCGCCACAGUCAGACUCUGCCUCCUCGCCUUCCCCUUCAUUCUCUGAAGACAACUUGCCUCCCCCACCAGCAGAAUUCAGCUACCCUGCAGACAACCAAAGAGGAUCUGUCUUGGCUGGACCCAAAAGAACCAGCAUGGUCAGCCCAAGCCAUCCACCCCCAGCUCCUCCUCUGAGCUCUCCGGCCGGUCCCAAGCCUGGCUUCGCUCCUCCCCCUGCCCCACCCCCUCCUCCUCCCAUGAGUGUGCCACCUCCACUACCAUCUAUAGGGUUCGGGUCUCCUGGGACCCCUCCACCCCCAUCACCUCCAUCUUUCCCUCCUCACCCUGAUUUUGCUGCUCCUCCCCCACCUCCCCCACCACCAGCAGCUGACUACCCAAUGCCACCACCUCCCUUGUCCCAACCAUCUGGAGGUGCUCCUCCGCCUCCUCCUCCCCCUCCCCCUCCAGGGCCCCCGCCUCUCCCCUUCAGUGGUGCUGAUGACCAGCCUGCUGCACCACCACCACCUCUUUCUGAGGCCACCAAGCCCAAGUCUUCAUUGCCUGCUGUGAGUGAUGCGCGAAGUGACCUGCUUUCUGCCAUACGCCAAGGCUUUCAGCUGCGAAGGGUUGAAGAGCAACGGGAGCAAGAGAAGCGAGAUGUGGUGGGCAAUGAUGUGGCCACCAUCCUGUCCCGUCGAAUUGCUGUCGAGUACAGCGACUCGGAAGAUGAUUCCUCUGAAUUUGAUGAAGAUGACUGGUCGGAUUAAUUUUCUGCCUGUUGCCCACAUUCCUCUUUCUAUUCCUCCCACCUGCCUUCUCUGAUACAAUGUAACAGUCUCUCGGGGGAAGAGAGCAAGGACAAAGAACUGCAAGGGGCCAAAACCUUCUCUGGAACAGCCAAAGAUCUCUCCGAGUGCUUCCUUCAGAUGA